CUGUAAAACAACAACCUUCAAAGCAGCUCUGGAUCCCAAAACCCAUUUCAAGGUAGUAGUACAUUUUAGUCUCCUGAAACCCCAUACCAUUUUCUAGGGUUUCAGAAACUAUUAAACCUCAAGUACUCACUUCUUUCGAGAUUUCUAGAGUCUUCUGAGACAAUAAACUGACAGCUUCAAUUCAGUUCACAUUAUAGCUGUCUUUAACUCUUCUAAGUCCCAUUCUUAAAAUCUAAUUAUGUUUUUAUUAGAUCUUAAAUUCCUCACCUAAGAACUGAGUUUUUCUCAGUUGCCGUUGAAAAACACACAGUUCUAGAUCUUACAUUUUGAAGAUUAUAUAUUUGUAAUGGAAUUCAAUUGGAGACUGAAGAUUAUUAUUAUAGGAACAGUAUCAGGAAUAUCUUUGAUCAUUCUACUGUGUUUGAUAUACUUAUGUUGUCGAAAGAACUCGGCGAAAGAUGAGUCUGGAGAGAUGGGAAAUUCUGAUUUUGAUGAGGAAGAAGAAGAUGAAGAAGCAGCAGUAGAUGAGAAAAUGGAGACGGAAGAACUGAUUAGUUUUCCAGGUGGUGAGAAUAUGACUGUACAUGAUAUCUUAGAUGCACCAGGAGAAGUUGUUGGGAAAUCAAGUUAUGGGACAUUGUAUAAAGCCAAUUUAGAAAGAGAUAAUUCAGUGAAAUUGCUUAGGUUUCUAAGACCAGCUUGUACUGGUAGAAUGAAAGACAAUUCUGGUGUUAUUCAGAUUCUUGGGUUUAUUAGACAUCCUAAUUUGGUUCCUCUACAAGCAUUCUAUUCUGGGACCAGAGGAGAAAAGCUUCUUGUUCAUCCUUUUUAUGGGCAUGGCAAUCUUGCUCAGUUUCUUCGAGAUGGAAAUGGUGAAUCGCACAAAUGGCCUAUUAUCUAUAAGAUUUCUCUCGGUAUUGUACGAGGACUAGAUCAUCUCCAUACUGGAUUACAUAAGCCUGUUAUCCAUGGGAACCUCAAGUCGAAGAACAUAUUGUUGGGUGGAAAUUACCAACCAUACUUGUCAGAUUUCAGUCUCCAUCUCAUCUUAAAUUUGAAAACUAGUCAAGAAAUGCUUGAAGCUUCUGCUGAUCAAGGAUACAAAGCUCCUGAGUUGAUAAAGAUGAAGGAUGCAAGCCAGGAGACUGAUAUAUACAGCCUCGGGGUAAUUUUACUCGAGAUAAUUAGUGGGAAGGAGCCUAUUGAUGAUAAUCCACCACCCAACCAGGAUCCAUAUUUGCCGAACUCCAUGAGAAAUGCUAUCAUUGAUCACAGGAUUUCAGAUAUAUUCCAACCCAAUUUAUUUCGCAGCCAAAAUAAUCAUCCAAAUGCAGCUACUGAAGAAUGUCUACUCGUGUUCUUUCGGUUGGCUAUGGCUUGUUGUUCUCCUUCUCCCUAUUUGAGGCCAGAUAUCAAGCAAAUUCUUAGUAAGCUUGAAGAAAUUGGCCAAUGAGGCUUCUCUGAAUGAUGGAAAAUUUUAAUCUUAAUGGUGGUCAUCAGCGGUGUAUUCGAACGGAGCAUUGAGAUAAAAUACCUGGAUUAUCUAAUUUUGACAUACUACUUCAGCAAUAACAACGACAGAGACAGUGAACUCAUCGAUGAGUAAGAAAAUGGUGUUUCUGUUUCAACUCGCAAGCCCAAAGUUGAAAUUAUGGUUCGGUAGAUGUUGGUUGAGAAAUUGGAUCAAUUGAGAUUCACCAUUUUGUUUAUUUGCUCUCUAUCAAGUGUCAAGCAUCUGAUCGAUUUUGGGUCGCAGCUUAGUCUAUAACUUAACAAAAAGAACAGGGGAACCCAUCUUAUCCAAGCACCUAAGCAUGGUUUCAAUAAGACAUUGAACCAGGAGAAGUUUAUUUUGAGAAUGAACCGCUACCAGAACUGGGGUAAAUUCAUAAACAACUAAAGUAACCACUAAUCAAUAGUCUUUAUUGAUUUUUAUCAUCACCUGUCUUUUCUAAGUUGAAUACAGUAUAGUCUGUAAAUAUUUUCUCAUCUUCUUAACUGUUCAACUUGACACAACUGAUAUGAUAUGAAUGAUGGUGUAGUAGUUCAAUC